AUGCAAGGGUCGAGCUCUUCAGGAUCAGAUACUGCCGGACAGUGUGCGUGUGGUUCGUACGGAAGAUGUACACCUCUUCGGUUGAUGCACACACCGAAGCAUUUAUGCAGUUUACGUUUGAUACUGGCCACGCAAUUGUCGUCGAGUGGAAUUUGGUCGGGUAGUGGACAGUUGACCGUAAAGGAUAGCUUAGAGGCGACACUUCGAGUUGGCGUUUGCAGGUGUACGGUGAAGAUGAUGAAUCGCCGUAUCGAGAAACCCCGAGAGUACUAUCAAUGA